AUGAACAACACCCAUUCUAACAUCAUGCGCCUCUUACGCACGGCCAAGAACAUGGCAUCGCUGUCCGGGGUGAACGGCUCUCCUCACAGUGCGCUGGACUUCAUCCGCAGAGAUUCUUCAGUCUAUGACAUCUCUGAGCACCGCCGCAGUCUGGCUGGACACUCGGACUGUAAGCCUCCCUAUCUCCCAGAGGACAACAUGUUUAGUGACUACAUAAGCGAAGUGGAGAGGACGUUUGGUAAUCUCCACAUGAAAGACAGCAACUUGUACCAGGAUCACUAUAUGCAUCACCACGGCUCUUCUCUCGGCCUCAGUGGACCGCCUCCUGGCAGACCCCUCAGUCUGGGCAGCGCUAGCUCCCUGGAGGGGGGCAUGUUCGACUGUGACAGCCUCGGAGGAGGCGUUGCCCCCAUCUUCACCACACAGCCCUGUUCAGCUCUCACCCACAGAAACAUGAGCAAGUUUGACCUGCUCUCACAGACUCCACCCUCUGGCCAGAGCUUUAAGAGCGCCCUGCCUGAUGUUUAUGGCAAGUUCUCUUUUAAAGGGGGGGCUUCCAGCUCCACAUACAUCCCGGGACAUAGCUACUGUGGUGGGAGAGGUGAGGAGGAUGGCAAUAUUCGCUCUGAUGGAUCGGAUAUUUCUACGCAUACUGUUACAUAUGGAAACCUAGAGGGGAAUGCCAAGAAGCGCAAACAAUACCGUGAUAGUCUGAAAAAGAGGCCUGCAUCCGCUAAAUCCAGACGGGAGCUGGAUGAGAUUGAGCUUGGAUACAGGAGGAAGCCCUACCACAUAAGCCACCAUCACUACCAUGGACACAGGUCCACCUCACCACCACCUGUCCUGCCCUCCGAGCGCAAAAGAGGAGGUAACGACGGUAACUCCUACCUCUUCAGGGAGAAAGAGAGCGUUCGAGACUUUUACCUGGACCAGUUCAGGCCUAAAGAGGGUGUCCCUCAGUGGGAACAUGUGGACCUAACUGAGGGUCCUGCAAACAGAGACGGAGGAGUCCCCACCUGCACCUCGUUGGUUCCAGUGGAUGACUUCCUCAAAAAUAAGCCUAAAAAGCCUGACCCAAAGGCCAGUGGCUCUGGUCUGGCUGGGGGAGAGUGGGAGUGCAGAAACUGUAGAGCAGGAGGGGGAAAACAGAUGUACAGUGGUAUGAGUUGUGGCUCCUCAGCAGGAGGCAGUCGGCCCAGCUCCGCGACGUGCAUGAGAUGUGAGGGCUGCAAAAAGACUGGGACACUGUAUGAUAUCAGUGAGGACAAUAAUCACAUGUUGGAACAAAUGGGGGGAGGGCAGGGUGGGGUGGCUCCUCAGUCCCAGGUCCAGCAGAGAAGAAAAGGUGGUUUUGGGAAGCCCCUUCGACGGCAGCAUUCUUAUGACACAUUUGUGGACCUGCAGAAAGACGACACUGAGAUGAUGAGCAGCCUGAUUGGAGGUAUGGGUGAAGGGGGAGGCAUGGGCGGGCCAGGCAUGGGAGGCAUGUUACCCCCGCCCAGAAGUGUUAGUUUGAAAGAGAAGGAACGCUACAUGGAGGGUGGAAGUCCUUUUGCACACAUAUUUGAUCGCCAUGGAGGAUCUGAGCGAGACCGAGACAGAGACCCUCUAUUUUACGGAGAGGAUCGAGGGAAAGGGCCUGGCUCUCCGUUCGGUCUGUUUAGAGGGAAUGAAGGACCUCAUCGUCGCUCCAUCGGGGAAAGAGACAUGAGGGACAAAGGACUCAUGGAGGGAGGAUUCUCCUUAUCCAAAUCUCUGUACCCUGAUCGGGUCAACCAAAACCCCUUUAUACCUACUUUUGGUGAUGACCAGUGUUUAAUGCAUGGUGCCAAACAAUACUAUAUGAAAAAGCAACAGCAGCAACAAGUUGCCAAAAGCAGUCGAAGUGACUUCAGGAGCCAGAUGAGCACCACAUCUUAUGUACAAGGCUCUUCUCCAACUGGAGUUAUGUCAAGUGUUGCCCCUCGCUUCCCCAAAGAACUCAGCCUGGGGGGCAUGAACCAUCACGGCUCCAUGCUGGGAGUUGGCCCUCCUAGACCCUUCAAUGGAAGCAAUGGCCAUGUGUAUGAGAAACUAUCCAGCAUUGAGUCGGACGUGUGA